AUAAAAAAUACAUUGGUACGGGUCAAGGUCUGAGAGUACCUCACUUUGAAACAUCUUCAUUCGGAGUGUUUUCCAUUUCGUGCCUACUGAACAUGACCCUGUUUUGUGACCUUUAUUGUUGUUUUCUGGGAACCCUUUAUGUCCCUUAUAUACCCAUGGGUAUAAUAUUUCCUCCAGCAUAAUAGUUUUAUAAUGAAGCCAUAAUCCCUGGGCUGUUAGUGUACACACGCAGAGCCAUUUCCCUAUGGACAAAUAGCACCCCACAAGAGAUUACACACUACGUACACACACUCUCCACGUUGUUGGCGCAGGAAGAUUGCAUGAGCACAAACAAUAAAAUCCCUGAUCCCAGGAGGUGCGUAGUACACCCUAUCUCCAGGUUGACUCUUCAGAGGGGAGCAAAGUUGCACACAGACGCCCUCUAAUCCGUAGCGUAUUGUUUGACCCAUGGCGAACUUGACUACUAUGGUCGACAACUGCUGCGCCUUCGAAUCUCCCAUUCUGGACCUGGUCCUUCCUCCUAUCCUGGUGCUGGAGUUCAUGUUCGGGCUGAUGGGGAACAUUGUGGCUCUGUGGAUGUUUAUCUUCCACAUGGACACCUGGAAGCCCAACUCUGUCUACCUCGCACACCUUGCCGUGGCUGACUCCAUCGUCCUGUUCUGUCUGCCCUUCAGAGCCGACUACUACAGACGUGGCAAAAACUGGAUCCAUGGUGAUGUCCUGUGCCGGCUUAUGCUGUUCCUGUUGGCGGCCAACCGUGCCGCUGGCAUCUUCUUCCUUACUGCGGUGGCCGUAGACCGUUACUUCAAGAUCGUUCACCCUAUGAACAAGAUCAACCGGAUGGGCCUGAACUAUGCUCUGUGGGUGUCUCUGGGCCUGUGGGGCCUGAUCAUCGCUGCAACCGGGUACCUGCUGGCCAAUGAACACUUCUUCUACCGCAACAACCGGACACAGUGCGAGAGCUUCAACAUCUGCAUGGGCUUCAGCCCGCUGUCUACGUGGCACAACACCUUCUACAUAAUCCAGUUCUUCCUGCCAACCACCAUCGUCACCUUCUGCACCGUCUGCAUAACCUGGCAGCUGAAGAACAAGACGCUUGACACCGGAGGGAAGAUCAAGCGGGCGGUGCAGUUCGUCAUGGCCGUGGCACUCAUCUUCAUCAUUUGCUUCUUCCCCAGUACGGUGUCUCGGAUCGCUGUGUGGAUCCUCAAGGCCUGGUACAACGAAUGCCGGUAUUUCCAAGAGGCCAAUCUGGCGUUCUACACCUCUGUGUGUUUCACCUACUUCAACAGCGUGCUGAACCCCAUCGUAUACUACUUUUCCAGCCCGGCCUUCAACGGGACCUUCCUAAAGCUGUUCAACAGACUGCUGGGGAGGAAAGAGGACGAGGAACAGUCAGCCUCGCCUGUGAAUGGGACCGGGAUCGGCAGUCGCAACACAGUAUCAGGGAGGAUCUGAAGUGGUAGUUAGUCACUUCUAACCACUGAUCCAGAAUCUGGGCCUGGGCAUGUACUCGCGAAGUGUCUCAGAGUAAGUCUUAUUCAUUGUGAUCUAAAAUACAAAACUGAUCCUAGAUCAGCACUCAUAUGUUGAGACCCUUUGUGAAUAUGGACCCAGAAGGAUCUGACUCGGUGUGGUUAUUUCUACUCCUACUGCAGGGUUCCCCAACUGGUGGCCCACAGGUGAAUUUAUUUGGCCCCCCAAGUUUUCUGAGCAAAACAAAUAUAUAUAUAUUUUUUGGUUAUUGUUGUUGGACAUAAAAUAUUAUAAAAACACCAGCAAAAAUAAAUCAAGUGAUUUUAAUUAUGGAUAUCUGUUCCAAAGAAUUCCCACACAUAAAAGACAAAUACAAUAUAUAUGUGAUCAUAUGUAAAUGUAAGCAAGGUUUGAAAUUAUUAUGUUUUAUUUAUAAUUAUGUUCUGGCCCCCUGACCAUGCUCAAGAAUAAAUCUGCCUGCGGCUCAAUCUAAUUGAUGAUCCCUGUUCUAGCGGAA